GUCAUUUUCGCUAUACUUCUCAUUCGCACAAAGCUGUAACAUUAAUUGUGUUCGUUGCAACUCUGUCAUCCUUGCAGAUGCCUUUCAAGCGGCCAUUGAGCUCGCAUACCAGUGAUGAUGAAUCCUUGUUUUCUCACGACCAACAUUCCAAACGAGUUUGUUCCGGCUCGCCAUGGAAUAUUGGGGAGGAGAAACCCCUUCUGGUGUACAUCUUACAAGCCAAAAUACAUCCGGAAACAAUGUCUGAGCUCGCCGCGCUAGUCGAGAACUAUACAAUUGAGCGUGUUGACUCCCAGAGGAACCAAGGCCCAGGUGUCGUUAGCAAGCUCAACCUUGAACUCACUGGCGAUGUAAAAAAGGCGAACAUCAUUGUCACCGCAAUUAAAAUGAGGCAACGCCUGGAAAGGCACAUUGAUUGGAGAAUUGCGAAAACGAAGGCCAUCGUAACACCAUCAUGGCUUCGAGAUUCCGUAAAGUCCGGUCAGCCCCUUUCAUGCGGCAAUUAUGUUGCAGUCCACAACUUGGAAGACGAAGCCUUGCAACAUUGUCCAGACACUGUCCAAGACAUUUCAUCUAGUAGUUCGAUCCACCUUCCCUCACCAGAGAAGGAAAGCUCUUGGCAGACAGAACCUGAUGAACCAAUAGAUGCUACUGAAGCGGAGUCAUUGUCGUGCAAUGCAAAAUACAGUUGCCUACGACCGUCGCCACUCGUUUGCCCCAAUCAAGGUCUGGUCAAGGAAAUUGAUAUCAUUCGACGUAGCAGGCAUAUUGAAGGAGAAGACCGAAGCAUGCUCAGCUACUCUAGGGCUAUUUCUGUUAUUAAGGCUUACCCGCAUGUCAUAACGGAACACAAUCUACAUGAUCUCCAUGAGCUACCAUUCUUGGGAGAGAAAGUCCUCUCAAUGAUCGAGGAGUUUCUAAAGACAGGCCGAAUAACAGAAGCGCAGAAAUUUUUGGCAGAUCCGCGGUUUCAGUCCCUCUCUGCUUUCAUCACAAUACAUGGCAUUGGACCCCACUCUGCUCGGCGCCUUUACGACCUUGGCCUCCGCACACUCGAAGAACUUGAACGAUACUAUGAAGUUAUACCAGGCCUGUCUGACGAAGAGACUAUGUCGCUGCUUGAAGCUGAAUCAAGCGCCAACACAGAGGCUGCAGUGGAAAAGUCGAUUAAGAUCGGGCUGGCUCUACGACAUGACUUGAGUCAGACCAUUCCGUGCGAAGAAGUGGAAGAAAUCAAUCGGACCGUCAUGCGAGAACUCAGUCAUGUCCAGAAAGGAUGCAAAAAUGUGAUUGCUGGAGGUUACCGCCGAGGAAAGCCACAAAGCAACGAUGUUGACAUAGUCAUCACCCAUACAGAUUGGAAAAUAGGGUCCCAGAAAGUGAAGGGUCUGUGUAGAAAACUUGUGCAACGACUGCACGAACAAGGCUUCGUUACGCAUGUCAUGCAUCUUUCGGGAUUUCACGAGCACAACGUGCUGCGAACUCGUCACUGGGACUCCUUGGAAAAGGCUCUAACUGUGUUCGUAUGGCCUCACAAUCCAUCGCGACAGAGAAUUUAUCGACGAGUCGAUCUGAUCUUUGCUGCACCCGAAGUAUUUUGGACCGCAGUGGUCGGUUGGACUGGGUCGACAAUGUUCCAAAGAGACUUACGUUUGUGGGCGAAGCAGCAAAAGGGGAUGAAAUUCGACAGCUCUGGAAUAUCACGACGCCAUGAUUCCAGAUUAUAUUAUCCCAGAACGGAACGUGAUGUAUUCAAAGUACUCGGACUGCUUUACGUCCACCCGACGCUGAGGAACGCUGACGCAUGAUCUAACCGGCGAUCUUCAAAAUUCCCACUUGUAUAUUCUGCAAUGCUUGUGCGUGGGGGUAUAUCCCGACGCCGUUCUCUGCUAACUUCGUAGUUACUUCCGCGGAAAUGCAAUAUAUGUAGUUUUCGCCUGAAUGAUAUUGCAAAUGAUAGUCGCCGGUCUUCAGCUUGGCAAGAUAUUUUUCAAUUGCGCUUUCCAAUAUCAUUACCGCUCGCAUCAUAUCGCCCUCUUGUAACAC